GGUUCUUGAAGCGAGUGUGAGAUGCGCGUCCACAGAUUCCGCCUCGCCAUACCGUGCAGGGUACCGCCACCACACAGGCGUUUAUUAAUAGCAGGCCUACGAAAUCGGAAGCAUCAUCACUGGACGACCACCGCAGCUGAUUGGUACGAAUCGUUCGUACCUUUCCCUCACUCGCCAGCAACGCUACCCGAAAAAAGAGUAAAGCAAAUGAGUAAAGCAAAUGUAGAAGAAAAAAAAAAGAACAGCCACAACUAAAAUGGGCAAGCUGGGUCAUUCCCACAGCGAGUGUUCAUCGUCUACCGUGACGUCAUUCUGCUACCCCGCAUCGCGUACACAGGAGCGAGCGAGCACAAACGCUCGAAUAAAGCGAGAGAACCACAACGGUCGAGUGCAUCUGCUGUGAGUGUCGACCGCGGGCAUAGGGAAACAGCAAACCGAGCUACAGACGGGCACCGAACAGAUGCCGAAGCAUUCUGUUGCCACCAGUCGAGUAGUAAGCAUCAGGACGGUACAGCUCUGAGCAAAAGCACAAACCACCGAUCCGCGAAGGCAGCGUACAUUCUUGGUUGAAGUUUUUUUUUUCUCUUGCUACUGCGUGCCCUUGCACCGAAAAGUGCGUAGUGAAGACGGUCAGGGGUGUAGCCUGCGCGAACGGAGGUGCACUUUUUGCUAAAUAAAAGCGUUAAGAUUCUAUAAUUUCGUGAGAUUGGAUUUUAAAAGGAUAGUGUGAGACACUUGAAGUCGUGUUAUAAAUUGUGAAAAGGAUAUUGAAAAAGUACAUUUUUGGCUGCCGCUCGCUGGACACACUACAGCCCUGGUCCGUGCGGCAAGGGAGAAAGUGACAGCACGGGCGGAGCAGAACAGCAGCGGCGCAAGCGAGAAGCAACUAGUCCGUGUAUACUGUGCGAGCGUGCGAGCGGGGCAGCUGCAUACAUGCGCAACCGGGACGGCACGUUUCGGAAUAUGGCGACGGUGGAAAAGCUACAUUCAGUGUUUUUUAGUGCAAAGUUGAAUGUUUCUAGUGAACGAUUUUAGUGAGCAAAGUUUGUGUGUGUGUGUGUGAGCGUUUGAGCGUGCAAAAUUAAAGAACAUUUUAGUGUGUGAUUGAGUGCAACAUGUCGAUUGAAAACAGUAUGGAGACGGCGGAAAGCAUGGCUUUCACGCGGCAGUGCGAUGAAGUCGAUGCGCUCCCCAGCCAGACCGCACAGUCGUCUGGAAGCUGCGAGCCGAAUGUGGUCGGCUCGUCGUCGAACGCAGCAACCGUCGGCGCGAUGGUUGCGCCAGCCGCCACUGCGAACGAUGGGGGCGCUAGUGUGGCUGCUGGCGAAGAUGGAGGACGGCGACCGUUGGACGAUGAUGGUCGUCGUAGUGGCGGUUUGGUUUCGCGCCAGGAUUCAAAUGAACAGUCGGAAGCUAACCGUGAUGGCAAGGGGCACCCCGGUGUGGGUAGCAAUCAGGGCAAUGGUACGGGGGUGCCAAUGGCGACAGCGGCCACCAUGAGCAAUCGGACUGGGGAGGGGCGCUGCCGGCGCAAAAACCGCCGUCGCAAGUCGAACCGCGGCAAAUCGAGCUCGAACCGUCCGUACAGCAAGACCCAGUGGAAGUUUCUGUGUCCUCCCGGGGGGCAACCGGGUGGUGGUGGCGGUGGAGGCCGCCCGGAGAACAAUUGCAACAAACGGCGCCAUCUCUACUCGGUCGCGGCCUCGCGCCGCAUCACACCGUUCCUGAAGUCCGAUCAGCCACCGCUAGUGCCAUACAACACCAACCGCUUCCUGAUGGAGGACCACAUGCCGCAAGUGCUCACGCCGUCAGAGGAUGAAGAGGACUUCCUGACGAAGGAGUUCUCCAGCGUGUACGAGCGGGAGCGUUUCGAGCGGCUGGAAAGCCUCAGCCACCCGGACCUCGUGCAAGAGUACAUAAAGCUCGCGAUCGAGUACGAGCAGCUGGUGCGCCGCAACGGCGUCACCGGUGAGGGUGGUGUUGGUGGAGGAAGAGGUGGAGGCGGAGGUGGAGGAGGUGAUUGUGAGGGCGGAAACAUGGCAAAGGUGGCGGGCAGUGAUGGCGAACGUGGCGACGAUGGCAGCGGUGCGGCACGGAGCAGGCUGCUGGAGGAGCGUGUGAAGGUGCUGGAGCGGGAAAAUAUAGAUUUACGCCGCCAGCUAGAACACGCUACGCGUAUGGGAUUCCUCCUGUCGGCACGGUCAUCGCCACGGUACGGUGUGCCGACGGCCAACGCGGCAUCGCUCGAUCGCAUGGACGUAGCAGAACAGCAGCAACGUUUACCGGCCCUGGACAGUAGCACGAGCGAGGACAGCGAGUCGGACAGUUCCAGCACCAGCUCGAGCAGCAGCAGCAGCAGUAGCAGUAGCAGCAGUGCCAGCAGCAUGAGCGAUGACGACGACCGAGACGACCGGGACGAACCAAUGGUGAUGGAUCCGAUGGCGGAGGUGGAUCGGGCCUAUGGCGUCCGCAUGAUGAACGGGCUGGCACCACUCUCGCCCCUCAUGAACGGUGGCAGUCCGCGGGCGAACGGACUGGCGCACGAUAGCAGCGACCAGGAGCAGGACGGCGAGGAUGAGGACGACGAGCAGCAGCAGCUGCUGCUGAACGGUGUCGAUGAGCUUUCGCCCUCCCCACGGCCAUCGCUUGCAGUGGAGUGAGGUGGCACCUCCUCCGCCCUAGAGUUAGUAAGCGAGCAGCAGCGAGCCAAAGGCUGAGUGAUCUGCGACCUAUUGCCCUAGCGUGUUUAGUAACGGUUCCCCUGGACGACGAACCAAAUGCUUUUUUUAGGUUUUAAUGUGAGUUAUGCUUAACCACUCGGAUGCUACCGAGCUGACGGAAUCCGGAUCCGUGUUCGAACAAGCUUCCAGCCGCGUUCUCAAUAUUUGAGAAUUACUGUAAGCACUCGAAUUACACGAAAAUGACGCGUAAUGCUAUCCCCCGUCGCAUGCGUGCGAUGAUCGAUUGAACAUUUUGAUUUACUUAAUCCCGUGGCAGCGCGUAUGUUGUUAUUAUGUGUGUUAGUGUGUGUUCGUACACACUGUGAAAUAUGGACGCGCGCGCCUUUUACGCGGUCACACAGAAAGUGAUCCGUUUUUUUUUUUUAUCGAACCGCGCGCUACGCUGCGAAUGCUGCUACUUAGCAGAAAUUAUUUAUGUUUUUAACCAAAACCAGCAUGAAAACAUCGCAGAUGGUUUGGACGUGAAAUGUAAAGUUUGGUUAUGCCUUUCUUAAGUAAGUUGCUUAAGUCAAUUUGAGCACAGACAGAUUAAUAAUAGCUGUAAUGAAAAGAAGGAUUAACACUUUCGAAUGUUGUUUGUUAAAGACGUUUGUUUAAAGCAGCAAAAAAAUCAUACAAAAGCAGAAAAAGAAGAAUAAAAAAAAAUGGAAAAACGUUUCAUUGUAAAAUUAACAAAAAGUAUGCAACAAUUUGCGAAACAGAAAUUGAGUUACUAUUUUUUCGGAAUAAAAACCAGGGACAGCAAAAGAAAAGGAGGAAGAAAAAACCGCCGGGAAAGUAAUGAGAUAUUUAUACGGAGGAUUAAUGAAAAAAACCCCACAACACUAUACGUAGCGCAUAAUUUACAACUGUACAACUAUAUAUAUAUAAAGCAUAAAAUAGAAACAACAAAACCAAUGCGACAAUGCAAAAUGACAUGUGAUUUCUCUUUUUCUCUAACAACAAACAAGCGAGCUGGAAAGCUAGCUAUUUCUUUUUAAGCAAAAGAACAAAAAUAAAACAAAAGAAUGUGAAGAAACAAAAACGCUGAAGUAAAUAUUAUUAUUGCUGAAGAGGAAGGGGUCGAUUAUGUCACGGUCCUGCUGUGUGGUGGAACGAAGCCAAUCAAAGCGCUUACGCGAGGGUGGCGGAGACACAGAGGCAGAGGCAAACGGAGUGAUCAAUGUGAUUCGAUAAUAAAAUAAGUUUAUGAUGAACGGGUUUAAAACACGCCACAAAUGAGAUGUAGUGUAAUGUAACUGUGUUAUUAUUGCCACGAUGGACCCGGCGGUGGUGUACCCAUCGUUCAAUCGUAUCCGCAUGCAGGCUGCACCGAUGCACCUUUAUAGCGUAGGAUUGCAUACAGAAUGAUUGACAAAAGCAAGUGGCCAGUUGUUUGGACAUUUUCCACCGGUACACUAACGAGGUGCCAGGAGAAGCACAUUAGUGAUGCUGUCCAGAAAGAGAGUACGUGCAAAAAAGCGCGCUGCCCUUGGCUGACUUUAGACAGACGCAACAAGCGAGCACCUGGUUACAGUUAGGUAUUUAUAACGCGGCGUUGUACUGCGCUACUAUUACGAACCCGUAUUUUACACAACCGACCAGGUUUGAGACAGUGAUUGCCCAUUUUUUAAUGGUGCCAGACUAGAAACCCGAAACCAGAUGAACGUAAUUUUCGAUCAGUAGUGCGAGAAGUCAAAGGGACAACGGAAAACAGUUGAACAAAAACUCAAAAAAUGACGCUUAUCUUUUCGAUGCUCGAAAUGUACACAAAUGACCUAAAGAGUAUGAAGCUGUGAGAUGGUCAAGAUGUCAAUAUUAGUGAUACUGUGGAUCACGCUGGCAUGUGGUCACAACACAGCAUCCAUUCCGACGCGCCCGAUAGGGGCGCAUUGGAGUACCGCGUUUGUUUUAUAGUACAAUAAGUUUCUGUGGUUUUCUGACGCGAGAAAGAUUAAUAAAGUGGAAUUUCCACACGUAUGACACAAAAUAGUUGACAAAACAAA